GUCAUGAAAUUUCCUCAUGAAACAGUACGCGGUUUAGAUGCUGGACGAGGGCGGCAGCGACGAGUUCCACCGCCGGCCAGAGCCGCCGAGCACCGCCAUCGACACCACCACUCCCAGGGUCCUAACCAUCUUAUCCUACGUUCUCGAAAAGUUGGUUGCACGAAAUGACCAGCUGAUGCUCGACCACCACGAUAAUGGACUCGCCAGCAACGGCGGCGAAGGCGGCUCGGUGUUGGGGAAGAACUUUAAUGCGUUUCAUGGGGUGAGAGCGCCGAGUAUAAGUAUACCAAAGUAUUUGGAGAGGUUAUACAAGUAUACAAAUUGCAGCCCGUCUUGUUUUGUGGUGGGAUAUGUGUAUAUUGACAGAUUGGGGCAUAAGUAUCCUGAUUCUCUUCUCGUUUCUCUUAAUGUUCAUAGGCUGCUUGUCACCUCUGUCAUGGUUGCUUCCAAAAUGCUUGACGAUGCACACUACAACAACGCAUUCUAUGCCCGGGUUGGAGGAGUAACAAAUGCAGAAUUGAACAAGCUAGAAUUGGAACUACUUUUCUUGUUAGAUUUUGGAGUUAAUGUGAGUUCGCGAGUUUUCGAAAGUUAUUGCCAGUAUUUGGAGAAGGAAAUGUUGAGCAAUGGACCAAGACUCAAGAUUGAAAGGCCAGUAAUUAUUAAUAGCAGUAGUACUGUUGAUGAUGCCACUGAAAUUUCAGUCGAGGAUACUCAGACUUCUUCACCAUCCCAAUUGCCAGACUGAUUUCACCUCUCCUAUAUCCUUGUAACUUAACAUUUGUGUUACUGUCGCAGUGCGACAGCUUAAUUUGUAGAAUAUGAGUUUUGCGCAUUAGGACAAAGCCUAUUGCAUGCACAUACAACACAAUUGAAUGAUUCUUCCCAUCA